AAGACGUAGCGUAUAUUCAGACAUACAAAUGAACUCUUUCUAUGUUUUGUAACAUCUCAAAGAAGAGACAUCACUUAAUUCCUCGGCAGCUUGCUCAUUUCCAAGAAUGUUCUUUUCUACCGGGAAAACAAACAGUGAAAUCACGGCGCUAAUUCUCAGAGUACGAGAUGUUGCAAAAAUAACUACAAAAAUGAAAAGUUGCAGUAUUAUUUUACUUUACUUUUAGUGAUAUUCAUUUUUUUAAAUGUGGCAUUUUGAUUUUGUUUAGUAAAAUCACAACGAAUAAAAUAGCAAAACAGGACAAUUUAACAGCAAUAAUAGGAUGUAUGCUUGCCAAAAUGUUAAUUUUAAUAUUUUUUUUACACUAUUAGUAUUUUAUUCCAGUCAAAAAUGUGACCACUUUAUCCUUGGAACAUUUCUGUUUAUAUUUCUAAUCUUGCAAUUUUAGUCUUAUAAAAUCCCAAUUUUAUUCCAAUAAUAUUACAGCUUUAUUUUUGUCAUAUUUCUAUUUGAUAUGACAAGCACGCCAGGAAACAAUGAUGAAAAAAGUAUCAUUGAAUGUGAUGCAUGCUUUUUAUUGUCAACAAUAAACAAUUACAUUGGGUUUUUUCUCUUUCAGUAUUCGGAUUUUAUACUCCUAAUACUACCGUUUUAUUUUUAUUUAACUUGUUUCCUCUUUAUUCUCCGAACAUUGUGACUUCAUUUUGGUAAGUUGCAGCUUUAUUCUUGUAAUAUUUCUAUUUAUUCUUGUAAUGUUUGUAUUUAUUCUUGUAAUAUUUCAUAUUUCUAUUUAUUCUUGUAAUGUUUGUAUUUAUUCGUGUAAUAUUUGGACUUGAGUUUCAUAAGACUUUCUGUUUUAUUUUUUGCAGGGAUUGUCCAAGCUUCAAUACAUGAACACAACUUCAUCUCGAUGAUGACGAUGAUGAUGAUGGGGUCCAGGACGACAUCCGGCAGGGAAAAGUCCUCAGUGAAGUGCAUCAGGAUGAUGAAUGAGUCCAAUGACGAUGCGUUCAGGAGCGUCAAGAGAAAGGCGGGCCUGCAGAUGUGGACCAUUAACAACCUGCGCAUGGUUCCGGUUCCGCCCCAAAGCUUUGGCAACUUCUUUGAGGGGGACUGUUACCUUGUCCUGCAUAUGAGUGACAACAAAGGAGGAAGUCCGGCGGCAGACAUCCACUACUGGAUCGGGAACACGUCCUCCCAGGACGAGCAGGGCGCCGCCGCCGUCUACGUCAGCCAGCUGGACGAGCACUUGGGGGGGGCGCCGGUCCAGCACAGGGAGGUGCAGGGUCACGAGUCGCCUCGCUUCAGGGGGUACUUCAGAAAUGGCCUCAUCUACAAGAAGGGCGGCGUGGCCUCAGGUUUUAACCACGUGGACACAAACGCCUACAACGUGCUGCGUUUGCUGCACGUCAAAGGGCGGAAGCACGUGACGGCCAUGGAGGUGGAGGUGUCAUGGAGCAGCUUUAACACAGGCGACAUAUUCCUGCUGGACAUGGGCAAGGUCAUCGUGCAGUGGAACGGAGACAAGAGCAACAGGAGAGAGAAACUGAAGGCCACCUUGCUGGCUCAGGAGAUCCGUGACAGGGAGCGAGGUGGGCGUGCUCAGAUCGGCGUGGUGGAGGGCGGAGACGAACGCGACUCGCCUGAGCUGAUGAAGAUGAUGACGGCGGUGCUCGGCCAAAGGAGCGGUACGCUGAAGGCCGCCGUUCCUGACAAUGACGACGCCCAGCGAGCGCAGAACGCCGGCGUCCGACUCUACCAUGUCUUUGACGCAAGCGGCAACCUGGUGAUCCAUGAGGUGGCCUCACAGCCGCUAACGCAAGACCUGCUUCAGUCUUCUGACUGCUACAUCUUGGACCACCAAGGCUCCAGCGUGAUGGUGUGGAAAGGGAAAGACGCCUCCCAGGAGGAGCGGCGGGGGGCUCUCAACAGGGCAGUGGGUUACAUCAAGGCCAAGAACUACCCAGCCAGCACCAGCGUGGAGGUGAUGUCCGAGGGAGGAGAGUCAGCCAUGUUCAAGCACCUCUUCAAGUCCUGGAGGGACAAGUACCAAACGCAGGGUCUGGGCACCACGCACACUUUGGGGAAGAUAGCCAAGGUGGACCAGGUGAAGUUUGACGUGAUGGAGCUCCACGCUCGUCCCGAGCUGGCGGCCCAGCAGCGCAUGGUGGAUGAUGCCUCGGGGGACGUCAAGGUGUGGCGCAUUGAGAAUUUGGAGCUGGCGGACGUGAAGCCCAGCACGUACGGACAGUUCUACAGCGGAGACUGCUACUUGGUCCUUUACACGUACCGCGUCUCAAGCAGGGAGCAGCACAUUCUUUACAUGUGGCAGGGGCGUCACGCCACCAAAGAUGAGGUGACCGCUUGCGCCUAUCAGGCCGUCAACGUGGACAACAAGUACAAUGGCGCCCCUGUGCAGGUGCGCGUGGUCAUGGGGAAGGAGCCCCGCCACUUCCUGGCCAUCUUCAAGGGGAAACUCAUCAUCUUUGAGGGUGGUACUGGUAGACCGGGCGUGGCCAGCCCAGUGGGCGGAGUCAGGCUGUUCCAGGUGAGGGGCACCAGCGAGGUGAACACGAAAGCCACGGAAGUGCAGGCCAGGGCGGCAUCUCUCAACACCAACGACGUCUUCCUGCUGAAGGCGGAGCACACGUGCUACCUGUGGUACGGAAAGGGUUGCAACGGAGACGAGAGGGUGAUGGGGAAAGCCAUUUCCGACGUGCUGUUCAGGCAGGACAAGCAGGUGGUGAUGGAGGGCCAGGAGCCGGCAGACUUCUGGGUGGCCCUGGGAGGGAAGGCCCCCUACGCCAGUGACAGAGGCCUCCAGAGGGAGGAGCCUCUUCACAGUCCCCGCCUCUUUGAAUGCUCCAAUCAGACGGGACGGUUUCGGAUGACCGAGGUGGACGACUUCGCCCAAAGUGACCUGGACGAGGAGGAUGUCAUGCUGCUGGACACCUGGGAGGAGAUUUUCCUAUGGGUGGGGGUCUCCGCCAACCAGUACGAGACCAAAGAGGCGUGGAACAGCGCCCACGAGUACCUGAGGACGCACCCGGCGGACCGCGACCUGGACACGCCCGUGGUCUUCAUCAAGCAGGGGUUCGAGCCGCCCACUUUCACCGGCUGGUUCAACGCCUGGGAUCCGCACAAGUGGAGCGGAGGAAACUCCUAUGAGCAGAUGAAGAAAAAGCUGAACCAUGAAGCUUCUCUCUCGCAGAUCAGCGUAAGCCUCAAUGAAACUCAGUUGGAUUCGGGCCCCGUGGGCACAGGCAGGGGUGGUUACCGAGCUCCAGGAGGGCCCAUGAGCCUCCCACCCGUCUACAGGAGCCAUUUUGGUGAAACAUCCCCUCACGCCACCAGCCCUACGCGCCAGUCCCUCGUGUCCCCCACCUUUAAAGCCGGGGGUCCCGGGAAGUGUGUGGACCCCGAGCUCCUCAUCAACAAGGCUCCUUCUGAGCUUCCAGAGGGCGUGGACCCCUGCCGUAAAGAGGACCACCUGUCGGAUGCCGACUUUGAGAGGCUGCUCGGAACCAACCGCCUGGACUUUCAGCACCUGGCCGAGUGGCGGCAGAAGGAGCUGAAAAAGAAAGCUGGACUUUUCUGAGAGAGGACGCCACAAACGUGUCCGACCUGUCUGGAUGACGCAGAACGCUAGCUAGCGACUGCCGACAGCGACAGAUGAGCGCCCGUUGUUAUACCCGCUGGUUCGAAUCGGCCGUAAUUGCAGAUGCAGACUGUAUGGAAUAUUUCAUGUCAUAACCACACGAGCCGUGCUUGCUGGGAGGCUUUUAUUGGAACAGUCGUGGAAAAGAGUGGAGACAUGCAAUUGGAACUGAUGUUGUGUAACAAAAUAAAGACAGAAUGUACUCAAUCAAAGGCAGAUCACAAGCGUUUUAAGUGAGUUACGCAGACAAAAAGUCACAUGAUGUGUGUGUGAACAUCAUUCGACUUUCAUACUGAGAUUAUGAAGCCGAGUUAUGAAAGCCUUAGUAUGGCAGAAAAAGACAUGUCAGUUUAAAUGAAUGAUCCUCUGCGUCCUUUAUAGUCUGCACUUCUCGGCCCAACGAAGCGGGACAAAUACUUUAUCCAUUUGUUCAUCUUGGCUUUGUCAUUAAAAGCACUCAUGACGUCAAAAGACAGUGACUGCAGAGAAUGGCACCUGGCGAGACAACACGUUUCUCCUGCGCUACUCGCCAUCCAGGAGCAUGAUGUGCACAAAGAGGCCGGACGAGCCGAUGGCGUCUCCGUUCUUGUUCAGGAGCGGGACGUUGCGAUAUCCUGGAAAAAGAUGUUAGAAAGAAGAUAUAGCAAUGCCCCUCCGGAUGUCGCCUUUAGAGUUCAUGCAGGGUAGCUACUAGUGCAGUGGAUAACUCAGAAAACAUCUCAUUCACCGUAAAUCGGCAAUAAUUCAUAAAUACAGGUCAAAAAUACAGCAUACAUGUACCACUAUUUUAAAAAGUCCAUAAUUUUUACACGCUUAUGUCUUAAUGCUUCAUUGAUAAUGUUUUUUCCCCACUUUGUUCGGUGCUCCUUGAACCCCCCAUAGGUGUGUGCCAUGUGUUGAUGGAACUUUGUCACUGAUUAGUGGUGAGUAACUGUACCUUUUAUACUAUAAUAGGGUGUGAGGCAUAUUUACGCCUUAAACCUGGAUUGUGUCGAGAGGGAGCAAUGGCAAUUGGGAGGCUAAGCCUAAGCUAAUAAUUACAACACUCACUCACUUGCAUGUUAUUUUGUCAUGAGACAAAAAGCUCCUGUGUGCUGUAUAUUUAACGCCCGAGCCUUGGAAAUCCUGUGUUUAUUAUUUUCUAUUACAUAUAUUCCGUGACUUCUGUUAUAUUUUUCAGGGCAUUAGCACACAUGAAAACUCUCCAAAGUUGGCAACCACGUCAGGUUUGGGAAAAAAUAAUAUUGCAGGGGUCCCGAACACAAACCCCAAAACUCACUCAAAAAAAAUUAGCCCCUGCCACCAGUUUCACAAAACGUCACGAAAUUUGGUGGCGACGUGUACAAAAAAGUCUCAAGAACUCUUGUUCCAAAACAAACAGGAAGUCGGCCAUUUUGGUUUCCGGCCGGUUUGGAACUUUAUAGACCAAAUGAGCCCAAAUGAAAAUCACAGAUAUGAGACAGACGGGCGAGGUUAUAUUGCGAAGGACUUUGUGCUGUUCCAUAAGAUGUGGGCGGGGCACGGCGACAAACUUUGAUGAUCAAUCAGACAAUUUGCCACUCAAGUGUUAAACGUCAAUAACACAGUUCCACAAGGUCAGAUCUUCAUCGUAAUCGGUACAUACAUGAAGCUGUACACAGAUCACUUCCUGCAUUUGUCUCAGCGCCACGCGGUGGCAACAGGAAAUAUAAUGUGCAUGAGUUGCGGGGGGUGUGAGGGCCCAUUCAACGCUGCUUGCAGCUUUAAUGAUACAUACAGUAUGUCUCAUAAUCUGUACACGAGGCUCUUUUUGGAGGCGUCCCUGUCCUUUCUCUGCUGUGUGAGGCAGUAGAGUACCAGCAUUGUCAAAACUGAACCUCAACAAUUCUGCCGAGCAACACUGCAAAUGUGACAUAACCGGAUAAACAAUCUGCCAAA